UGGGACUGGGCUGCAAUGCCAUGAUCUAAUUGCUGCUCUCCCGGUGACCCGCUCUACGUUUCCUGAUUGGCAAUUUCCAUUUCAAUUACACAAGUCUUGUUUGUUAUGGCUGACGCGGGCGCCCUCCCGCCUCAGCCGACCGCAAAGGUAUCAGAGAUAAUCAAAAAUUAUAGGGCUUCAAAGUCGUUCAGAGGAACUCCCAAACAGGAUGGUUUCCCUAGCAAUAUUACCUCUUUGGAUUUCGACGACCAAGGAGACUACCUGGUAGCAUCUGGAGACGACGAGGCACUACAAGUGUUUGAUAUAAAGGAAGGGAAAUUGACGAAGACAGUUCCAAGCAAAAAGUAUGGAGUGCAUCUGGCAAAGUUCACCCACCACUCCCGCCAGAUUCUCCACGCCAGCACGAAGGUGGAUGACUCGCUGCGGCUCUUAGACUUGCACAACGAGAGUUAUCUGCGAUACUUCUCCGGCCAUACGGACAAGGUUACGUCAAUUGCAGUUUCUCCAGGAACUGACGCGGUUUUGUCCUGUUCCAAAGAUGAUACUGUUGCGUUGUGGGAUCUCAACUCGAGGAACGCGCAAGGGAAACUUAAACUAGCUACCCCUUAUUUAGUUGCAUUUGAUCCGUCGGGCUCGGUCAUAGCAAUUGCCUCCCAGUCCACCUCAUCUGUACUACUCUACGAUUUUAGAAACUACGAUAAACCUCCUUUCGCAACGUUUGACCUUGCCGCCCAGGAAGACCGCUUCACCCCGUCGACAAGGGGCAGAGCGUGGACGCGCUUGGAAUUUUCUAAUGAUGGCAAACAUCUCCUUGUUGGAACAGACUACCACGGACAUUUCCUAUUGGAUGCUUUCGAGGGUAAUGUUAAGGCGUUUUUAAUUGGUAAAAGCGGCCCUACCGGUCGCGCUGCACCGAUCUCGAGUACUGGGAAGCCACUGGGUCAAGGGGAUGUCUGUUUUACUCCAGAUGGACGUUACGUGCUUGGCAGUGCUGGCGACCAACCUGAUACUCUUGUCUGGGAUACUCAACAUCCGCCGGACUCUAGCUUAUACCUUAAACCGACCUUCCGGCUGCCAUACCGUGCCCGCUCCGUGAUUGUACAGGCCAAUCCGCGGUAUAACAUGUUUGCAACAGCAGAUAAAGAGAUCACGUUCUGGCUCCCAGAUGAUAACGCUAAACCCGCCGAAAAAUGAAAGGUCUUUUUAACAAGUUCGUUUACUAAGGACUAUCUGAUUCCGCAGGGGCAUUUCCAAAGCCUUUUUUUUUGCGGUAUAUUCGCUGUAUGGGCAAUACAAGUAUCGUCCUGGCCAUAUCUACCGAAGAAAAUGGCAUUAAUUGUAUCGUGAGAGGCAUGAUUGCUUUGUAUUUUUGGGACCAGUUAUUCAGGCCUUCCUAUUGCUGUCCUUGCCAACCAAACUUCUGGCUGUAUCGCAUAUCCACACCAAGGGCCCUGACAAUUCGUCAUCCCCGUUUCUGUUUUCUUCGACGAGGACUUCGAUCUGUUUAGCUACAGUCCGAUUACUGGAAAUCGUCAUGAGACCAGCUGCCCAGCCAUACAAGAACACGCUUGUGUUAAUGUCACUUAACUGGCUUGCAACUUUGCGGGCGGCCGGCGGCAGGAUACCGUUGGCCCAACCCCGUUCAAUCUCUGCUUGCGCAUUUACUACUCCAAUAGGGAUGUUCCAAUUUAACGGAACUUUGUGGUCCGAUGUAUCCUGAAACUGGGAUAUCAAAUCCUCUCUAUCAAAGUUUAGGUCGGAGUCGUCGCCCACCAUCAUUAAUUUCGUCCUUCGCUUCUCACUCGCAGUACCAAUUGUCUCGACUAUUUCGUACAUCCUCUUGGCGGCUUCUUCAGUGCAUACAAGCUGCCUAUCACUCAUUGCUGGCCAAAGUUCAGAGGUAACUAAUGGCUGUUUCGUUUCGAGUUCAAUUUGGCGAAUAAUUGCCGGAUGAUGGCCUGAUGAUGGAUCAAGAUUACGGAAAUGUGAUAGAUCGGACACUAGAGCCAGGAGUAAGGUGCAAUCGACAUUUAAGGUAGAGGUCAUAUGAGGAUGAGGAUUCGGUAGCAAAGUCGAAAGUAGAUUUUCCAUUGUCUUGGGUUGAUGGUGACCAUUGUUAUCCUUUCCAUUGGGAGCUGCAGGCAGUUUUUCCACAUUUUCUAUAUCCGUACUACACUCUACUUUAACGCCGGUUUUCCGAAUAUCUUUAAUAAUAGCAUCGACCUCGGG